AUGGUUCGUCAUCGUGGUGGCGGGAGUAUACUUUGGCAGUUGACAGCAACUCUGUGUUGCGGUGCUCGUUGCUGCCGUAGUUGCUGUGGUGAUUGUUGCCGUCCACAUCACUCAUCCUUCCAAGACCUCGCCGACGAUUUUGACGACGACGACAACGCAGACGUGCCUAUAUCACCGGGUUAUUCAAGCGACAUCCCAUCAUCGACAUCGCACUCGCGAUUGCCCUCUACCAGCUCGAGACGGUCGUCGUGCGGAGAAUCGCGUCGUGGUUCGACACCAGUGUCGGAGUAUUCUAGUUCAGGCUACCGACGGGGUAGUAGUACCCCAGUGCCUGUUAUAGACAUGAAACCCAUUGAGUUCUGGCCCCCUAAUACGAGCCAAGAACCUGUUCAACCAAGGCCACUGACCAGAAGGUAUACGAGUGAUUUAUCAUCAUUCGGCGAAGCAGAUAAGAUAGAACCAAAACUAUACGAAGUGAAUGAAAACGAAGAAGACUUGACGGACGAAGAAAAGGUUGCUAGAUUCAAACUUGGCAAGAUCCAUUUUGCCCUCAAGUACGAGGUGAACGAAGGAAGGUUGAACGUCCGCAUUAUCAAGGCAAGGGACCUUCCACCACCUAUGUUUUACGAUUCCUCUAAGCAAGACUUAUCACAUUCCAACCCCUAUGUCAAAAUAUGCCUCUUGCCAGAUCAGAAGGAUGCCAGGCAGACCUCAGUUAAACGGAAAACACAGAAUCCAAACUUUGAGGAGAGUUUCUGCUUUAAUAUCCCUCACCAAGAGGCACAACGGAGGAUGUUGCUUUUGAGUGUGCAAGACUUUGAUAAGUUUUCCAGACAUUGUGUUAUAGGACAGCACACUGUUCCUCUAGCGGGUCUCAACUUGGUGAAAGGUGGACAUUACUGGAAACCUCUUCAACCACCAAAUCAGAAUAACCCCGGUCGUGGGGAGAUACUUUUAUCUCUCAACUAUCUACCCAGCGCAGGUAGACUCAACGUUGACGUCAUCAAAGCAAAACAGCUGCUACAGACCGAUAUAGUUGGAGGUUCAGAUCCGUUCGUAAAGCUUCAAAUGAUUAGCGGUCAGAAAGUGGUAAAGACCAAAAAGACUUCCACCAAAAAGAACACCUUAGAUCCUGUCUUCAAUGAGACCUUCAGUUUUCACGUGACUCCGUCAUCACUGAAUGACGUCAGCUUACUGGUAUCUAUAUGGGACUACAACACAAAGAGUAGGGACUACUUCACUGGACAGAUCAUCAUGGGCAAGUUUGCCUCAGGUCAUAGUGAGGUCACACAUUGGCAACGCAUGCACAGUUCACAACGAACUCCGGUGGCUCAGUGGCACACUCUGAGGACGCGUGAAGACUGUGAAAAGGUUUUACCACACGCCAUGAUGGUAUCGUGAUAGGAAGCAUGAUAAUCCGGGGACUCUUUUACAAUGUGAUUUUAAGUCAUGCUGUAGUAACAACGCGCAGUUAAUAAACGUGUAAUGUCAGUGGUGAACUCGCUGUAGUGCGCGUCUCCUGCACAUGAUCUUACCAAUGCAGGGAUGCGUUACAUAUCACGCGCAACUGGAAAAUUUAAGUGUGAUUUAGAGUCGCAUCUUAUUCUAUGUGAAACAGGGAUCCUGGAUGAUACUGCUCCAGAGUUGGGAAAGUGCAAUGGAUCGAUAGCCCAGGUACCACGCAGAGGUAAUAUUUUGUCAAUGAUGAAGACAAAUGGAAAGAAGGUUCGAUGUUGAAUGGAAUGAGUAAAGAGAACACAGAGUAGAGGCCAAAAUUACAUGGCACUGACGAUAAAAAUGUCUUUAUCGAAAAUUGGACGUCAUUUAGUACUCUGGUAUUACGUUUCAUGGCAGAUAAUAAAACACUUAUAACCACAUGAUGAGAUUAAAAAAAAAUCGUGGCGACAAGAAACUUCUAAGGCAAUGGGAAAGUGUGCAAAAUGGUGUAUAACCAUAAAUUUUGUUACUGAACGAUGCAUUAACGACAAUUUAUAAUAAAUCCACUGGUCCGGUACAAUGUGACAUUUCCCCCCAAGGGUCAUCUUUUUGCAACCUGGCGAUUCGAAGAUUGUUUAUUAAACGUAUAUCAAAAACAGCAACAAGAUACGACUGUACACAUAAUUAUAACGCUAGUGUCAUAUGAAUAGUGCAAUGUGACACUAUGCAUGAUGAAUUGUAUUUAAUACACAUGUUCAUGUCAAAAGAAUUUCUUCAGGUACAUUAUAAAAUAAUUUUGUUUUUAAAAACGUUUAAUGUUUAAACGGUAUUUUUUUAUGAAAAGGGUAAAAUUAUACAUUCUUUUUGUACUUUACAUUUACUACAGUCAACAUUAGCUGGUUAUCCUAUGUUUCUUAUAAAAUGGUGUUUUUUUUCUAAAUUGGAUUCACAAAUAUUCGUGACCAUUAUUAUAUUUUCGGGGGAAAAAACAUGGUCCUGCUAAAUAUUCGACAAACAUCAGGCAACAGUCACACAAACUAAGCCAAGACCAAACCGACCGAUCUUAUAAUUUGUAAUAACUUUAUAAAAAGAAAAGAAAUAUGUUGGUUUGGAGUGGAUUCGCCGGUUUGGCCAUUGACAUUAAUUUACAGAACUGCCUUUUCAUUGGAAGCAAUAGAAUCGAAAACAAUCUUGCCAAAUUAUUUUUAGAAAAACAUUUUUUUCUCACUAUCAAUUCUUUUGUCUCCACUUUUCUUCUUAAAUGUCUUAUGGCAGUAGUUUGUGGGGAUUGU